AUGUCAAUCAUGAACCACCACGACAUGGUGGUGAAUGCUAUCAGUUCCAUGCUCGACGAAACAGAACCACCGGUAACCGCCGACUGUUGCAUCUACAAAGUCCCCUUUGUUAUUCGCAGACUCAACGACGACGCAUACACCCCCAAAGUCAUUUCCAUCGGCCCUUUCCACCACCGUCACCACCACCACCCCCGCCUCCAAAACAUGGAACGACACAAACUCAUUUACUUCAAAGCAUUUCUCCGAAGAACCGAUUCAACUUUACACAUCUUUGUUCACUACAUUGAAUCCAUCAUACCUAUUUUCACCCGUUCUUAUUCCGAAACCCUAGACUUCACCCAUCAGGAACUCGUUAAAUUGAUCUUAAUCGAUUCUGGUUUCAUAAUCGAGCUUUUCUGGAGAUUCUAUUAUGAUGAUUGGUCUCAAGAUGAUGCUUUUCUCUUAAAACCUUGGUUAGCUUCUCAUAUAAGAUUAGAUUUAUUGUUACUUGAAAAUCAAUUACCCUUUUUCAUUCUUGAAAAAAUCUUCAAUAUUUCUUUUACUACUUCUAACUCUACACAUACUAGUGCUAAGACUAAGAUCCCUUCUUUUCUUGAUCUCACUUUCGAUUAUUUUGCUUAUUACAAUAAGUCAAACUUGGUUUCUGAUAAUAGUGAUAUUAGCAUAAGGCAUUUCACUGAUCUUAUUAGAAUUUUCCACUUGCAACAUCCAUUGGAAAGACGGCCGCGCAGAAUCGAUGAACCUAUGAAACAUCUUCACUGUGUAACUGAGUUGUUAGAAGCAGGUGUUAGGUUUAAAGUGAACACUAAAAGUGAGUGUUUACUUGACUUGAGGUUUUCGGGUCGAGUUCUUGAAAUCCCUCAAUUGAAAGUAGAGGAUUGGACUGAGAUUUUGUUUCGGAAUAUGGUUGCUUUGGAGCAAUGUCAUUAUCCUUAUGAGUCCUACAUUACUGAUUAUGUUGCUGUUUUGGAUUUUCUCAUUAAUACUGGAAGGGAUGUGGAUAUACUUGUUCAGAAGGGGAUAUUGGUUAAUUGGCUUGGGAAUAGUGAUUCUGUGGCUAAUUUGUUUAAUAGUCUUUGGAAAAAUGUUACACAUUUGAAUUUCAAUUCUCAUUACUCUGUUCUUUGCGAAGAUUUGAAUGGUUUUUGUAGUGAUCCUUUGCAUAAAUUGAAGGCUACUCUCAGGCGCGAUUAUUGUAGCAGUCCUUGGCAAACUGCGGCUUCCAUUGCUGGAAUUUUACUACUGAUUCUGUCUUUAAUUCAAUCAGUAUGUUCUGUCUUGCAAGUUGUACAGCAGUAG